AAAACCUUUGUUUUUCUUCAGAAGUUUCCUUUGUCUUCUCCAAAUGGAAUGGACGAAGGGCAGAACAAUAGGCCGCGGCUCCUGCGCCACCGUAUCUGCCGCCACGUAUCACAACUCCUGCGAUAUCAUCGCCGUGAAAUCCGCCGAGCUCUCCCGGUCGGAGCUCUUGGAAAGAGAGGCCAAGAUUCUCUCAUCUCUGAGUUCUCCGUAUGUUGUCGGAUACAGGGGAUGUGGAAUUACCAAUAACCCCGAUGGCGUCGACACGUACAGUAUUCUCAUGGAGUACGCUCCGUACGGUACGGUGGCCGACAAGGCGGCAAAGAACGGCGGUGGGCUCGAAGAAAACUUGGUCGUGAAGUACACGCGCCACAUACUCUGCGGAUUAGAGUACCUUCACUCUAAAGGAAUCGCUCAUUGCGACAUCAAGGGGAGUAAUGUCCUGAUCGGAGAAAACGGCGACGCUAAGAUCGCGGACUUCGGGUGCGCCAAACGCGUCGACACGGAAUCUGACUCGGCCGAGACGGUUCGGGGUACGCCGGCAUUCAUGGCGCCGGAGGUGGCACGUGGGGAAAAACAGGGGAUGGAGAGCGAUAUAUGGGCCGUGGGCUGUACGGUCAUUGAGAUGGCCACCGGUUCACUGCCGUGGACGAUAGAUUCCGGCGACCCGGUUUCGGUUUUGUACCGGAUAGGAUAUUCCGGCGAGUCGCCGGAGAUACCUUGCUGCCUUACGGAACCAACAAAGGAUUUCUUGCAAAAGUGUCUCAAGAGACACCCAGAGGAGAGAUGGACGGCCAACCAACUUCUAAACCAUCCGUUUCUUGCUAAACCAGAUGCCAAAUCGGAUCCGGUUUCCGGUUCGAUGUCGAAUUCGCCGACGAGUGUGAUGGAUGAGUUGUUUUGGGGAUCGGUGGAGGAAGCCGAGGAAGAGGAGAAUCUGGACCGUCCAAAUGGGUGGGUGUCUCACGAGGAGAGGAUCGGACGGUUGUGGAGCGUUGGAAACGCGGGGCCCACAUGGGAUUUGGAGGGUGGUGAUUGGGUCACAGUGAGGAAGAGAUGCGACAGAACUCUGAUUGGUGGGUCCAUACGAAUUUAGAGAAAUUAGAUUAGGGUUUAGUGGGAAUUGUUCAUAUAAAUUUGUUUUCUGUAAUAAUAAUUCAUGAUAAAAAAAAAUUUAUUGUUUCGGAAGUAAUCGUUUUGUUUAAAAUUUUCAAAAUAAAAUUUUGGUCUUAUGAAUUUUUCUACUAUAAUUUUGGGAUGUAAUGGCAAUGGGGUUUAUUGAGAUGCCAACUUGUCUUUCUUGGUUUGGUCUGUUUGGUUAGGCGUCCGUAGGAAUCUUUUAACAAUUCCCAUUUUGUUAAUAAGUUUUAUGAAAAAAUAAAUCACAUUAUAAAUUACAAAGCAUAUAUAUAUAUAUAUAUAUAUAUAUAUAUAUGUAUAUAUAUAUCGAAACAACUGCGUUUCGAAUUCGAAUCUGUUUGUGGUGGAGGACGGAGCCGACAAAGUCAACAUUUGGAAAUGGGGGAAAAUAAAAUAUGUUUCACAUGCUCUCUACUCUAAUAAAGUACGGUGUCUCAACCAUGUCAUAAAUAUUGUAUUGUUUACUCGUUGGGUGGAAUUUCAGGCUCAAAAUUAUGUUUUUA